AAUUUACGAAAAAACGCAUCAAUGCAUCUAGGUAUAGUACCUACCCUUUACGGUCUGCUAAACAUUUUAAUGUUAGUUAUAUGAAAUGGUUUUUUGUUUCGUCGAACAAAAUUAUACAUAAAUGGUGAAAGGAAUAUAUUCACGGUCAUGAAAGGGUCAACACCAUAUGUGGCAUUAUGCUGCCUUAGCCUGUUUGUCGGUAUAGAAGCCCAGACAGAACCUGUACAAAACGGCGCUAUGUCGUGCAUUCUUAACACAGAAACAAACAUAAUGACAGCAACCAUGGCAAUCUUUAAGAAAACCUCCAUAGUUACAAGAGCUUUCUUCACGAAACUUGAUUCUUACGACAUAGAAUACAAUCAAGCCGGAUGUGUCUGGUCCGGAACCGGAACGGAUGAAAAUCCGUUUAAAUCAACUGUCGAGGUUGACAGCUUAACAAAUAUGCCGCCCACAGGAAAGAACGGUUGUGGAUAUGAAAUUGUUGAUAUACAGGAGCAGAUCUACCGUUGGACUGUUUAUAAUCAAAUACAGAACGAGUACGGGCGGGAAGGUGAUGUUGUAUUUAUAUUUGAAUGUACAGGGAAAAACACACCAACUUCCGGCACAGUUACAGUACAAUUGGCAGCACAAGAUAAAGUAGGAGAAGCCGUUAGAGUGAGACCAGAGAAUCAAAUGUCUGUGCUAGAGCGGUUCGGAAACAGUGAUGUGUUCGGCCAGGUGGUAACAAAUGGCAUUCAUGUCGGUCAGGAUAUCAAACUCCGGGUUCAGACAAAAGUAAAAAAUCAACAAACUAGGCAAGCAAGCAUAGACCACUACGGAAUAUUUGUGUAUAGCUGUGAUUACAGGAUAGAGGAGAAUGCUCCCCCAGUACAAUUUAUACAGAUUAACGGGUGUCCUAACAGCAUUUUCAACGAUCUUGGGGGUGGAUUUAAAUUUGCACAGAAUGCUCCUGCCAGUGCAGCGAAUACACGCUGGUUCCAAACUGAAACGGACAUGUUUAAGUUGGUUCCCACCGACGUUCCCGACAAUAGCUUCUACUUACUACGAUGUUAUGUCGCCUACUGUUACGGACCGGAAGGCUCGGACAACAGAUGUCAAGAUUAUUGUAAUAGCAAUAUUAGACGCAGACGAUCGUUUAACGGCACAGUUGAGAGUAUCACCAUUAAAGUUAAAGUGAAUAAGAAUGUGAAUGUCAGUAACGGAAAUGAAAAACAAACUGAUUCUGAUGAAGCAGAUAUUAUGGUGAUUUUGGCAACAACCAUAGCUAUGAUGGUGUUUUUCCUAGUUAUAGCUGUCGGAGUGAUAUGUUGCUGCAGACGAUACCGUCGUAAACCGGAAACAGAUUGGAAGGAUACGUCAACUACCAGUUCCAACAAGAACAUUUUACCUGAUUACCCAACCAAUUAUUACCCUGCAUAUCCAAUAAAUAAUCCAAAAUUUUAAAAAAUGACUGAUAUCAGUACUGUAGAAAAGUAUAUAAAACCAUUGUCAAAUACAAAAAAAAUGCACGUGACAAGUUUAGUAGAUAAUGUUAUGUAUUUACUAAAGUGAAUAUACUUAUUCUAAUUGGCUGUUACUUAAAGGCCCAUUUAGCCUCAGAAAUGCUAUCAUUUUUAUUCUUUUUUUUUUUCAUUUUGUUCUUACUUAUCUUGUUAUAGUUUCCAAACAGUUACUUAUUGGAUAUAUCGAUAAACUAUCAUUUGCUCCUUUUCACUUUAAGCAAAUUAGUAUCAAUAUAGUAAUAGAGUAUUUUGUAUGAAAAUUUCAAAAUACUGCUAUGUUUAAAUUUUGCUACCUAAACAACACGUACAUGACUGCAUGUUCAUCGUUCCUCUAUUUAGGUGUGUAACAUAUCAAAUGCUCUUAAUCUAUUACGAAAACAUUAUGGAACACAUAUCCACAUAUGUUUUUUUUAAAUGUUGAUUUCUGAGGCACAAUGUGCCUUUAACUCAUUAUUGAAUAUAUAUACAAAUAUAUUUCCAGAAAAAUAAUUUCCAAAAAACCUCCAAAUAUCUCUUUUCUGCUGAUAACGGGAUAAUGUGAAAAUAUUUAAAUUAGUCUAAUCAAAACAUUCAAUACAACAAACAAUAUUGCUGCUGACUGAUUUUUUUUAUAAAAUUCAUAAACGUUAUAAGUAUGUUGUUUCCUUAAUCGUAUGGUUCGAUUCUCAAAAGAGUUGUAACAUACAAUAUAUCUGUUAUUUAGUACACAUGGAUAUAAUGUUAUGGAACAAAAUAUUAUGCUGCUAUCUUAAGUAGGUUUUACCUUUUACCAGUAAUUUUGCGGAUGCGCUAUUAAAUGAAAAACAUUUCUUUCAAAUAGAUAUUUUGGAAUUAUUCUUUUUCAAAACUAAAACAAAAAUGUUGUAAUCUACUGACAGCAGAUAUAUAGUUUUAUAUACACUUUUAUGAUUAACCAGGGUUUUCGGCUGUGAAUAUCUUUGUACUUGACAAAUUAUAUAAUAUGUCAUUUUUAUUACUUAUUGCUUUGGUUUUCUCAAAUAUUGUUAAUAUUAAGAACAUUGAAUUCUAAAAAACCCAUAAAUUAUUUUAAGUUUAUCAAUUUUUAUCAUCAAGAUUAUUAUUAGGCUUUUCUAGACACCAAUUUUCUUAAUUUCUCACUCUAUUCAUUCAUUUGCUUAAGUUAUAACAUGAAAUUAGUUACUGAAACAAUACUUCAAAUUAAAUGUCACUGAAAUUUGAUAUCACACAACUACAUUCAAAUGAUUUAACAUAACUUUGACUAACUUUGGGAGGGAGCCUAACCCUUUUGUAUGUACACUUGAUUAUGUUUGUAAAAUUGUGAAAUUGCAUAUCUUGUGUAUAUUAAUACAAUAAAAUUAUAUUGAACUAAAA